AUGGUACGCUCACGUGAACAAGGGAUCCCUGCCUGGGUCUGUGUGGGCACCCUGCUCCUCUUAAUCUACUCUGUCACAGUUAGAGGAGCUGCCCUGAAGCAAGAAGUGGCGUUGGACAAUGGGGCCACGGUGCUGAAUCACUCCAUGAGUUUGGUGCAGCGCAUGGAGACCCUGUUGGCCCUGGGGAACGGCAGUGAUGUCACUUUGCGGGUGCAGACCAUCAACACGGACGAGGUGAAGGUGAUCCAGGCCCACAGCCUGGUUCUCACGCUGCAGAGUGACGUGUUUGAGGAACUGCUGCUGACUCGCAACAACAGUGUUUUGGUUUUGAGGGAGACGCCCGACUGUGCUGCUGUCUUUGACAAGUUUGUCAGGUAUCUGUACUGCGGUGACAUCUCAGUGCGGCUAGAUCAGGCCAUUUCUCUACAUAAGCUGGCCAGCAAGUACCACGUGUGGGCCUUACAACAGGGUUUGACCCAAUAUAUGACCCAACAUCUGUGCAGUGAUUCGCCUUCUGGCCAUGUGAUUGGCUGGUACAACUAUGCAUUACAAAUUGGGGACAUGGUCCUGCGGGACAGCUGCCUGCAGUAUCUGUCCUGGAACCUGUCUUCGGUGCUGCAGAGCGGAGAAUGGGGCUCGAUCAGCGAAGACCUGCUCCUCUCCUUGCUCCAGCGCUCUGACCUCAUUCUGCAGAGUGAGCUGGAGCUCUACGAGGCCCUGGAGGCCUGGAUUAGCCAGAACCAGCCUGUCAGUUCCACAGUGGAAAACGCCCUAAGGGCUGUUCGAUACGGCAUGAUCCCCCCUCAGCACCUCUUUCGUCUUCAGAAGCAGUCCGCCCUCAUGAAGAAGCAUUACGAGUCUAUACGUGAUCUCCUCUACCUGGCUUUCCAGUUUCACUCCGCUUCACCUAUUCAACUGGCCAAGUACUUUGAUGUCAACUGCAGUAUUUUCACUCCCCGUAACUACCUGUCCACCUCCUGGGGGUCCCCUUGGGUCAUCAAUAACCCCACCCGUGAUGACCGCAGCUUCAGCUUCCAGACCCAGCUUGGGCCCAGCGGCCAUGACUCCAGUAAGAGAGUCACUUGGAAUGCCCUAUUCUCCCCUCGCUGGCUCCCACUCAGCGCCAGGUCAUCCUACACAGAGCUGGGCGCCAUGCAGCCCACACGCACAGAUGGAGGUCGACCUCGAAUUAUUGUAACACCAGCAACUUCAAGUCCAGACUUUGCUGGUGUGAGUUUCCAGAAGACGGUGAUCGUGAUGGCGAGACAGCAAGGAAAAGUGGUGGUUCGCCACGUCUACAACUUUCACCAAAGCACAGAGGAGGCCGGGGAUUUCCUGGUGGAUGCCGACCUGCAGCGCCGUGCAUCAGAGUACCUGAUUGACAGCUCCCUCUAUCUGCACAUUGUAAUAAAACCUCUCUACCAUACCCUCCUUGUUGCCAGGAAGUAACGGCAGGAAUUUGGUGUGGCCUUACCAUCGCUUAUCCACGCUCUACUCACAAAAUCACAUGCUCCAAGGUAAACUCAUAUCGCAGCCCGUGUUUAUGCGUCUGGUCUGUGACAUCUCCAUUGUUGAUAAGUUUGUGCAUUUUGUUGUCUUCCAACUAUUCAGCAAGGAGAUGUUUGGUACA